AUGUCAAUGCUUUUUACUGGUAUGAACUCCACCCAGCAUAUCACAAACGCGAUAUCGGUCCUAUUUGCCUUGUAUCCGACAAUAAAUCCGAUAAUUAUUGUCAUUUUUGUAAAAGAAUAUAGAAACUUCAUACUUGGUAAACUAAAACCGAAGAUUUCACCCUCACAUACAGCAAGUUUUUCAUUUGUUGGCCAACAAUGGACUACGGACAUUUCUCGUAGCAUUCAUGUUCAUCUGUCGACGCCUCCUGGCAGUUUCACUGUUAUCAUCUUCUACAUUUUGGUCGAAGUGUCCACAAUGUCGAACGAUCUGCUCACAGCCACAGUAUUCGUAAUUUCUACUAUUUCUCUAAUAACCAAUUUGAUCCUUCUCGUCGUAUACGUCCGCUGUCCACUAAGAAAGAUCAGCUUAUAUAAGCACUUUUUCUUGCUCAUUGUCAUAGAAGACGUAAUCUAUUCCGUAACUUUUACAUUGGACAUGCCGCGAGUAUUUUUCACAAGGCAACGUUAUGAUAUUUAUCGCUACUGGUAUUACACUCCAGCAUCCGUUCUCAUAUAUUUUGCAUUUCACCUACUGCAUGACAUUUUUUGUCGCAGUUCUCUCGAUUACAAAUAG